GCAUCGGCAGCCAUCAGUUUGCCAUCAGAUUCUCCUGUCGAAGCAGCUGUGACGUUCAGAGCGCCACCACCAUGAAGUCCGUUUUGCUUAUCUGCAGCCUCCUCGUUGUCGCAGCAGUGGUGCGCGGUGAUCUCGACGAGGUAGAACAGAAAUUAUUCGAAGUCAUCAAGGAUGAUUUCGUUCCGUGCGCUGGUGAAGCCGGCCUGUCAAUUCCAGGUGACGCGGGGCCAGUAUCUAAAUCCGACAUGUCACCCGAAGACAUAGGCAAACUAUACUGCACGUACGCUUGCAUCAUGAAACGACGCGAAAUAAUGGUCGACGGUCAAAUAGUAGCGGAUAAAAUGAUCGAACUCGUUUCGCAAACGUUCCCCGAAAAGGUUGAAGAGAUGGGUAAGGGGAUCGAAACCUGCGUCGAAGAAGUGAAAGACGCCGGCGACGAAUGCGUCGUGAUGGAGAAAUUUGGUAACUGCAUGGACAAAAUGUAAAAAAAAGAAAAGGAAGAUCGAUGCGAACGGUCGCGCUUCAACGAAACCAAGGGGCUUAUGGGAGAAAGCUUUGUAAACUUGCAAAUUACGGGGGAAUGACUUCCAAUAUUAAACAAUAAAAGUAUUUCGGUUAUAA